UAUAAUCUGCAUCUCUAAAGACAUGAAAACCGGCUACUGUCUGAAUAUGUAUUGGUUCCUAGACAUGCACAUUCAUAAAUUAUCUACGAUACAUUUAUCUCGUGACAUUACCGUUUAGGCUCGCAUUGCGUAUGUCUUAGAAGAAGUUGUUUCAAUGGAGUUGCACUCAACAUUUCUACUCUUGAUAACCGUCGAACUCUGUUGGGUGAGAGGAGUAUGUGGUCUCGCUGGGAAUCCGUUAGGGCUGGAGAGUGGGGUCAUUCCAGAUUCAAGCUUUACAGCUUCUAGUGAAUACAACGCAAACCAUGCCCCUUGGAGGGGGCGGUUAAACCUUAUAGCGGAUUCAAACGGAGCCGGAGCCUGGGUUGCACGAGCAAGUAAUGCCGACCAGUGGAUUCAGGUUGAUCUGUUAGCUACGUACCGCAUCACCGGAGUGGCAACGCAAGGUCGUCAAGAUUACCCUCAGUGGACAACUAGCUACAUCGUUUCCUGUAGCAUGGAUGGUCUCGUAUUCAAUACAGUGAAAGACCCUGUCAACCCUGGCUCUGACAAAACAUUCCCUGCCAACAAUGACCAAAACACUGAAGUGUUUAACCCGUUGCCUGAAGAUAAGGCUUGCCGUUACGUUCGCCUACAACCUGUUACAUGGCGUGGCAACGUUGCCUUACGAAUGGAGCUUUAUGGAGAAGGACCGAUAGAAGUCACAACAACAGAGGAAGCAAUAACGACGACCAGGCCCACGACGAUAACCUUACAACCUGAAGCAAUGACAAGUGUAGGUCUUGCUGGGAAUCCGUUAGGGCUGGAGAGUGGGGUCAUUCCAGAUUCAAGCUUUACAGCUUCUAGUGAAUACAACGCAAACCAUGCCCCUUGGAGGGGGCGGUUAAACCUUAUAGCGGAUUCAAACGGAGCCGGAGCCUGGGUUGCACGAGCAAGUAAUGCUGACCAGUGGAUUCAGGUUGAUCUGUUAGCUACGUACCGCAUCACCGGAGUGGCAACACAAGGUCGUCAAGAUUACGCUCAGUGGACAACUAGCUACAUCGUUUCCUGUAGCAUGGAUGGUCUCGUAUUCAAUACAGUGAAAGACCCUGUCAACCCUGGCUCUGACAAAACAUUCCCUGCCAACAAUGACCAAAACACUGAAGUUUUUAACCCGUUGCCUGAAGAUAAGGUUUGCCGUUACGUUCGCCUACAACCUGUUACAUGGCAUGGCAACAUUGCCUUACGAAUGGAGUUUUAUGGAGAAGGACCGAUCGAAGUCACAGCAACAAAUCCAACAACGGAGGAAGUGACUAUUACGACCAAGCCCACGACAACUUUGCAACCUGAAGCAAUGACAACACGGACAGACAUGGGACCCGUCUUUACACCCGCUGCGAACCCUGCCUGGGGCCGUGCCUUGGCACCUGAACUAAGGACUGCUGCAAGCUUGAGCACGCCAGUUGAAUUGACGACACCAGAUGGAUUUGCAACACGUGAUGAAUUGACGUCACCCGAUGAACUGGCUACACCCGAUGGAUUGUCGACACACAAUGAACUGACGACACCCGAUGGAUUGGCUAUACCCGAUGAAUUGACGGCACCUGGUGAAUUGGCGACACCUUUUCAAUUUACAGAAACGAAAGCAGUGUCAUCUCCAACUGGUGUACGGGAAUGGCUUCUGGAGAUGAACAACGAAGAUACUAUUUUUCUUUCAUUUGGUAUCCCAAUAGUGGUGUAUUUCAUCUGUUUGUGUAUGGCUCUUCUUCUUCGUACUAUUUUCCUUCUAAGAAGGAGUAAAAAGGAACCACCGGUGAUGGAGCGGCCACAGCGGAUGUAUGAACUGGUCAAUAUCUAAUCUAAUGACAAAGAGAACACUUACCAGAUACAAUGAAACCAGUCAUCCGUUACCUUAGCGAGAGCAGUAAUUGUUGAGAGUUGCGGACGGAAUCCAGAUUGAAAGGCAGAAAGUAAAGAAUGACUGUGAAUAUAACGAAGCAAUUGCUUCUGCACAAUUUUGUCCAUUAAUUUAGACACACAGGGUAGAAUCGAUAUCGGUCUAUAGUUGUUAUAUUCAAACUUAUCACCUUUCUUGUGAAUAGGAACAAUUUUGGCUACUUUCCAUUUCUCAGGUAAAACACCAUCAUAUAAAGAUUUAUUUAUCAAGAAAGUAACAGGUUCAACUAAAACUUAAAUCGAUUUUUGAUUAUAUAUAUCUGUGAUUAUAUAUGGCGGUGCCGUGGCUGAGUGGUCUAAGGCGCCUGGCUAUACAUGGCAAGUCCGGGGUUCGAUCCCC